UCUGCGAUCUCCUAUUAGGACUCAGAGGAACGUAGUCUCGCGAGACUUCGUCCCCUGAGUGUAAAACUCCGGGCUCCCCUCCCACCGCACGACAGUGCUUCGCCUGCGGUGUGGAGGAUCGGAACCCGGUACUGUGUCUCAAUAGGUAGUGUAGUUGCCCCACAUUGUCUCCCUGUGGAUCGGAAUUUAUUCCGCCUCCGUGUAUAUUAGGCAUACUUACUCCUUAGUUCUCUACUUUAGUCUCCCCCCCUUUUUUUUUUAACAUUUCUGUUACCAUGGCUGAGGAACCUUCACCUGCCCCCCUCAGAGCUGAGGCUCUCUCCCUGGAUUCGGCACAUUUUAUGUCCACCACCCAGAUUCAGGACCUAAUUAACAGGUCGGUCCAAGCAGCCCUGGCCUCCUCCAUGUUGCCCUCUGGCCCGCAUCAGCCGGGUCCCCAUGCCCCAGUCCCUUCUCUUCACGGUGGAGAGCCACAGAUAAAGAAGGGCAAGGCUUCCCAUAAAAGGAAGCACACCUCCGACUCCCCGGCAGGGGAAGAUAAUAAUAUGCUCCAGGCAGCCCCUACCCCGGUCUGUCAACCCCAGCAUGCUUCAGACUCCGCUCGACCCCUGGGCCUCGGGGAGUUACAUGGCAAGAGGCAUAAGUCCGCUAGGCGGGCAAAACCCGAUUCAUAUGUGGACUCCUCUACAGAGGAUUCUUCGGGUUCUUCCAAUGAGUCUGAGGACUACGAGUCCAAUCCCAAUAUUGAAGAAGAUGCUGGGGAUACGGCGCUCGACACCGACGCCAACCCUGCCACGCAGGGCAAGGUUAUCCUAGAUGCCCUAGGAGAGCCCCUGUUCCACCCAGACGCAAUCUCUCACCCGAGAUCAGGCGACUGGUCACCACUCCCCCAUGUGGCCCAAUAUGUAGAACUCUGGGCACGCAAAUCUCUAGAUAGGUCCAGCCGUAAUAAGCUGAGGGCCGAAUGCCCUAGACCUUUUAUCCCCAAUAGAGUGGUGGACACCCCUGAGGUGGAUCCUAUCCUGAUGAAGUAUCUGUUGAAAUCAGGUAAAUUCACCAAGAAGGGCAUAGAGCGCUCCUUCAAAACUAUACAGGAGCGUAUCCUCGAUUUAAUGGGUCCCCUCACUAAAAUCCUAAACUUAGCGGAGCAUGCUGCUGCAACGGACGAACCCGUGGACGUCCGUCAGCUCCGUGGGUGGGCUCAGAGAGCCAUUUGCCUGGCAGGUACUGCUAACACCACCUGCUCAGUUGAGAGGCGCCGGUCGAUCCUUAUGCGCCUCGACCCUCAACUGUCCCACCUGGCCGAGACCGAACCGGGUCCCUCGGCAGCAGGCAUGCUUUUUGGGGACAGUCUGAUGAAAGACGUCAAUAGAUUCGUUGGCCUCUUUACGGGCUUAGAUAAGGCCCAAAAUUCCUUAAAAAAAUCGGGGUCCUCAAAAAUUUUUCCCCGGGCCGGCAGAAGUAGAGGCCGAUCUGCCGGCCGUUCUGCUCCCUACAUGCCACAGGGCAGAGCCUUCGCCCAAUACCAAUAUCCACAGACCCCCCCUUCAUACACAGUACCCGUGGUUCAACCAUCACCAUUCUUCCCUCCUCGAGGCCGUCCUUGGAGAGGUCGUGGCGGACGUGGAUACCCCCGUUCUCGCCCUUCUACCGGAUAUUGAACGCAGAGGCGGUGUUCCUGAGUUUGGUUGACCGGUCGUUUUCCGGCUGUUUGGUUUCUCUACGGUCCCCGUUGGGACGAAGUUGGGUUUUCCCUGCCAUCUAGGCUUCUGCUGCCCGAGGUCGAAGGACCGAGUGUUCGCGAGCAGCUGUGGAUGUCUGGAUAAAGUCGUUUGUGCGGUUCUGAUUCGCAUGAAGAAAGAGGAAGAUCUAUAUGGGGGCAGUCCUUAUAUAGGGGCUACGGAGGAGGAGUGACUACUGUGGCCCUAGGACUGCUGGGAGUUGUAGUUUAAAGUUUUUUCUUUUAUUAAAUUGAAUACCAAAGUGUUCUGCUAUGGGCAUUA